AUGAUUCUUCGUUUUAGAACCAAAGAUGGGAUGUUCAGAGUGAAUGUCGAUGCCAACCAGGACUUCAAGGGAGCAAUGGAAGAGCUUUCAAAGUCGCUAAAGAAUGUUGAUUUGAGCUCGGCAAAGAUUUCCGAUAAACCAAAUGGAGGCGGCGAGAUGGUUACAAGUUUAUGUGGCCAAACUCCUAGUCAAUUGAAUUUUAAACAUGGUGAUAUGCUAUUCAUUACUUAUGAAGAUGCCAAUGUCGUUGAUACCACAAUUGAAAGUGGUAUCACCAACCCGCCAGCCCAUGAUGGGGCGAUCGAGCCUUCUAGAGUAACACAAUUGGAAGUGGAUACCAUUCUAGAUAAACAGCAGGGGCUCAUUCCCCGUAAGAGAUCUUCUCUAUGUCGUCAUGGGGACUCCGGGAUGUGUGAAUACUGUUCCCCGUUGCCACCAUGGGACCAACAAUACUUGGCUGAACACAAGAUCAAACACAAAUCGUUCCAUGCACACUUAAAUGAACUUAACCAAUCAGCAAACAAAGCAAACGGCUCAUCUUACAUCCCUCCACUCAAGGAACCGUCAUUUGAAGUGACCAAGAAUUGUGUGGGUGGGCACAAACCUUGGCCAGAGGGUAUUUGUUCGAAAUGCCAACCUUCGGCAAUCACUUUACAGCCACAAGAUUUCAGAAUGGUAGAUCAUGUAGAGUUUGCAGACUCUCAAGUCAUCAACACAUUUAUUGAUAGUUGGAGAAGUAGCGGGACUCAAAGAUUAGGGUACUUGUACGGUAAAUAUGAAGAGUAUCCUUUGGUGCCAUUGGGGAUUAAAGCGGUGGUGGAAGCAAUUUACGAACCACCACAAAAGGAUGAUAAUGACGGUAUCACUUUAUUGCCUUGGGAAGAUGAGGCCAAAAUCACUGAAACUGCCAAAUUGUGUGGAUUAUCGAAAGUGGGGGUGAUUUUCACUGACUUGACUGAUUCUGGAAACGGCGACGGGUCAGUAGUUUGCAAAAGACACAAAGAUUCUUAUUUCUUAUCUUCAUUGGAAGUGCUAUUUGCGGCUCAUCAACAAAUAAAUAAUCCUAAUUACACCAGACAUUCGGUGUCGGGAGUUUAUUCGUCCAAGUUUGUCACAUGCGUGAUCUCAGGUAAUUUGGAACAAGAAAUUGAAAUCUCUAGUUAUCAAGUGAGCGCCUCCGCUGAAGGAUUGGUAAAAGCCGAUUUGAUAAGUGGUUCAACUCAUCCAUCGAUGGUUUAUAUCAAUGAUAAAACUGAAAAGCGGUACGUGCCUGACAUUUUUUACAAAUUCAAGAAUCAAUACAAUAUUGUGGUCAAGCAAAAUGCUAAGCCAGCAUUUCCUGAUGAUUAUUUAUUGGUUACUUUAACUCAUGGUUUCCCACAAUCUCCAACGCCAAAAUUCAUAUCGCCCAAGAAAUUUCCAAUUGAAAACCGUCACCACAUUGGUGAAGGUGCUGAUUUGAUGGCUAUCAAUCGUCAUUUAUCUUUACAAUCCACAACAUACAAUGAUAAUAACAUGAAUGAAUUCAUGAAGUUGAUGUCUGACUUUCAUUUGGUGUGUUAUUUGUUCAGUGUUGAUAUCUUGUCACCAGCAGAAGAAAGAUUGAUCUCUAAGAUUGCCACCACACAUGAUGUCAACUUAUGUUUUGAAUUAUUUGAAUCUCCUGGAUGGAAGACUUUGGUGACUAUUAUUAACAGUCAAUAA